AUGGUCAAAAAAGCCGCACAAGUUUUAGGAAACAAAGUCAACAAUAGCGGCAACACUGCAAGGAUGCCAUUAAUCAAAUCGUGCAACAGUCCCAGUCAUUAUAUAAUUUGCAACAAUUGCACAGACACUUUAUUUGGGCAAAUAUUUGAGUUCCUAAGUUGUCAUCAAUCGGCAAUAAAAAACCUAAUCAACAUUCAUUACAUUAAAAAAUCUUUGAUUGAUUCAAACAUUUGCCAACAAUUUGGCAUCAAUGUAAAAGAAAAAUCAACAGUGACAGUAAAAGGCAUUGAAGCAUUUUUUCCUACCCCUUUGUCAGGGGCAAUGUGCAACUAUCUAGCUAUAAGUUUCAAUAAAGUCCACUACAACAUCAGUCAUCACUAUUCAAACACAACAACUGACACUGUUGACAUUAGUGACAUUAAUGACAAGGCACCUACAGAGCCUGUCAUUAAAGAAAUUGUCGCUACGGAGCCUCAAGUUGAAUCAAGUGACUCUAUACAACCAGAUUUGCCCACUAUAGACUUAAAUACAGCCACUAUUGUAGAUCCAAUUGUAGAGGCUGUAGAAGUGCCGGCUGUAGUUGUAGAGCCUACAAUUGAACCAAUUGAAAAUGAACCUGAAGAAAUUGUUGAUGAAAACGUGGAUAAAUUUAUGACUGAAUUGAACACGGACAGUGUUGCCACUAUAAGUACACUAGUGACAACGAAUAAUUUGCAAAAGGAGUCGGUGUUCUUGAGGCUUUCUAAUAGAAUUAAGACUCUUGAACGAAACAUGUCCCUUUCCAGCCAAUACUUGGAAGAACUACACAAACGCUACAAAAAACAAGUGGAAGACAUGCAACGCGUCCUAGAAAAAACCCUCCAAGACGUGACAAUAAAACAAGAAGAACGUCACAAACAAAUUGAAGAAAAACUAGAAUCUCUUACGAGAGCCAUGGAAAACCUAUCAAAAGAAAAAAGCCAAUGGAAGUGGUUUUUUUGUUGCCUGUUUGUCGUUUUUGUCUGUUGUUUUUUAUAUGGCGCUCGUCGUUUCAAUAGAUGGAAACCGGCGGGCGCGGGCGCUGUUGCCAAAUCUAGCGAGAUACAACGUCGCAAUUCUGUUGACGUUGUAGUAUCAACCAAGACAAAUAAAAAAAAGAAGAGACGUCCUAGUGAUCAGGCAUUAAAAAUUGUCCUUGCUGCGGGUGACCAACAAAAAAAGAAGAGGAAAAAAUCACCGAUGGAUGGUGAUUGGGUGACUAGUAGGUGUCAGAUUAUUGAAGACAUUCCGUUUCCUUUGGAAGAAAGCGAUACGUCUACUCUAGAACCGGUAAAUUUGGUAGAUUCGAGUAGAAUAGAUGUUCCAGAUUAUAUUACAACCACAGCGGCCAGUGUUCGUUUGAAAAGGUCAAUGUCCAUGAAAAAUGGCAAAUACUUACCACAAACAACACGCGUAGAGAGUUCUGAAUCUUCAAAUAAUAGUCUGUCAAGUAACGAGCAAUCGACGCCAAAGAAAAUGAGGAAAGGAUUUAAGAAACUUUUCAAAAAAGUAUUUUGA